AUGUCUGGACCUAACCCGACAUCAGAAGUGGGAUACGAUUGCCCGCCCACCUCUGGCACUUCGUCAGCACAAAAUAUGCAGGAGAAUAGUUCGCUACCCUCGCAUAGUUUAGAAACGAUUCUUUCAAAAUUAACUGAUGCCCUGCUACCCCGGUCCAAUGCACCGUCACACCCUUUCACAGUUUUGGUACCAUUUGACCCCGACGACCUAAAUUCAGAUAUAGAGGGCUGGUGCAGAUUGACGGACGCCAUAAUUAAGGGCAAAAAUCUUAAAGGUCUGGAUCUGAUCAUAACGCUGACCCAUGGUCUGCGAGGCCGCGCAGCUACAUUAUUGACCAAAAUACCUCCCAGUCAAUAUCGAUGGGAAGAUAUUCAAGAGACUUUGAAAGCUCAGUUCUCUCGUCCUAUGCUUAUUCAGGAUCACUUUGACAGUAUCCUCAAAUUUCAAAUAACUGCUAAUGAAACCCCCGCUCACCACAUCGUCUCUACCUGCCCCAAGAGGGAUGACUAUACGAAGAAGGAACAAGCCGCUACCGGAAGCAAGGAAGUCAAGGUGUGCUCGAAGAUUGUUAGAGGUGCUCUGGAUUGUAGUGGGCAAGAAGGCUAUCUAGAAAUUUAUGAGUAUAGUGAUGAAAGUGAUAGUACUGAUGAACGAACCGUGAUGGCAGAUGAUGAAUUCAAUAUAUCUGUUGUGCCUGGAAAUAGUAAUACGACCUCUGAGGAAACUGUAACUGUAAACUCCCCUAUAUUGUCUGUAGAUGAUUCAGAGACACUUUCGGUAAGCUCUCGCACCUUAACCGCAAAUGACUCUGAAGAAACUUUUUCUUGUAGUUCUCGUACAUUAAGCGUGGAUGAUUCCGAAGCUGUAAUAGAAUCUUUGGAAUGA